AUGAAUGAAAUAAGAAGAUUAACAGGUAUUUAUCAUGAAGUACAAGAAGGUUCUCUUUGUGCUCAACAUGCAUUAAAUAAUUUAUUACAACGUGAAUAUUUUUCAGCUGUUUCAUUAGCUGAUAUUGCUCGAGAACUUGAUGAACAAGAAAGACAUGUAUUAGGACAUCGACAUGGUGAAUCAGAAAAUAUGGAUGACACGGGUUUUUUUAGUAUUCAAGUAUUACAAAAAGCAUUAGAAGUAUUUGAAAUUGAAUUAAUACCAUAUGCUAGUCAACAUCCUAUAGCUCAACAAGCACGUGCAGAUCCUCAAUCAAUUCAAGCAUAUAUAUGUAAUUUACGUGAACAUUGGUUAACUAUACGACGAUUUGGUACACAAUAUUUUGAUUUAAAUUCAAUAUCAAUUGUACCGAAAUUAAUAUCAAAUACAUAUCUAUCAUUAUAUUUAGUACAAUUACAACAAAGUGGUUAUUCAAUAUUUAUUAUUCAUGGAAAUUUACCACCAUGUUUAGCUGAUAAUAAACUAUUAAAUAAUACAAUUGAUCCUGUUUAUUAUCGUUCAUUAACUGCUCGUAUUGAUAAUGAUAAUAAAAAUAAUAAAAAAAAUACAACAACUUCAUUAGAAUCAACAUCAUCAUCAUCAUUUGAUGAAACAGAAAUUCAACGUGCUAUUAAAGCAAGUGUAGAAUUAGAUAAUUCACAAGAUAAAGCUUUACAAGAUGUUCUUGUUCAAUCAUUACGUGAUGUUCACGGUAUUGAUGAUUCUAUGCUUAUUAAUCAUCAUGAAAAUGCUGAUGUACUUAAUCAAAAAUUACUUGAACAAGCUAUUGCUGCUAGUUUAGUUAAUGAUACACCAAUAACAGAAAAAGAUAAUACAACUACUGAACCAGUACCACCACCACCACCAACAACAACAACAGAAACAACAACGGAACCAAAUUUAGAAGAACUACGGCAACGGCGUCUACAAUUCUUCAAUAAUAAAGAGAAAUCAACAACAGAUACAAAACCCUUAGAAUCAAAUAAAUAA